CCCAAAUCAACCUCAAGAUGACAGUCAUUUCCCUUAUGAAGUAUCUGAUGUUUGUGUUCAACGGGCUGGUGUUUAUUGGGGGCAUCUGCCUCCUGUCCGUAGGAAUCUGGGUGAUAACUGACCCAGAUGGAGUUCAGAAUAUCGUCUCCAAUCCUUACCUCAAUGCAGUAGCUUUCCUUGUUGUCUUUUUGGGUGUUGCACUCUCAUUCCUGGGCUUCUUGGGCUGCUAUGGAGCCAUCUCUCAAAACAGAGAAAUGUUGUUGUUUUUUUUUCUCUUGGUGCUGCUGGCCUUUAUACUGGAGAUUGUAGCUGCUGUGCUCAUUCACAUCCAUGGACAAAAGAUCCGAGAUGACUUUUUCUUGAUGCAGCUGAAACAGAAUUACCAAGGAGACAAUAGCUCUGAUGUAUUCUCUAGAACUUGGAACACCUUCAUGAUCAUGUUUGCCUGUUGUGGCAUUUCAGGACCUGAUGAUUUUAAGGAGUGCUCCUACUUCCGGGAAAAGCAGCCAGAUGACUUUUGGCCUCAUGCCUGCUGCACUCAAAUCAGUUCUGAAAAGAGAGCUCCAGUUCUGGACUUGAGGCUCUGUAAACAACAAGAUCCAAAGUUUCUCAAUAGUCAGGGCUGUUUCUCCACAAUUGCCAGGAUAUUGCAGAAAUAUGUUUCCAUUACAGAGGCCUGUUGUUUAGGAGUAAUAGCCAUUGAGAUAUUUGCCAUGUUCUUUGCAUGUUGCCUCUAUAGAUACUUUGACUGAAAGAAAUGGAUGGCCCUG